UCGCCUGGUGGCACAAUGCACGUUACUCGUCAGACUUUGCGAGCAUUUUAUUCAUUGCUGCUAAAAAAAAACACAUCCCCGAAGAUGUAUGAAUGACUAACUGUAACAACUGUACACUUUCCGAGAUUCAUUGAAAACACUCCACUGCUCUAACAAUGUCGGCGGAACUCGAUCUGUCACCCCCCGAGGUUCCCGAGCCCACUUUGUUCGAGAGUCUUCUCCGUUACGGACUCUUCCUGGGUGCUAUCUUCCAACUAGUAUGCAUAUUGGCUGUGAUAAUACCCUUUAGUAAAACCCCCGAACAAGAGGAAGCUGUUGAAAAGAGUGAUAUAAGGGGAGGAGAGCAGUCUAAGAAGCCAAAGGGACCAGUUCCCCAACCGCGCCAGAAACCGAAGAAAGAAAGCAAAAAGAAAAGAUAGACAUUACAAGACAAGACUUCACUAGAACCUGUGGGUGUUUCAGGCUCGAGACUUUUGUUUUCUUUUCUUUUAAAAUGAAUCAAUGGAGCCCCAAAUUAUGCACAUGUGUUUCAACAGCCUGUAUCCUGUACAGCCUAUUGUGCCAUUUCAAUUUUCAAUGGAAUGAGUGAAGGUGACCACUGAGAUUUCCUCCAUCAGUGCAAAUGUGUGUACUGAGGUGCAUACACUGCGGACAUGUUCAUCAGAAUAUCAACAACAUCUGGUCAAUCAUGCAUCCUUCAAGGCUUGUCAACAUGCAACCAUAUUCAUCAUAUGAUACUGACGUUUUAAUUGCUGACCAAACCCCAUUGAUGAGUGAGGGAAUCAUAAGUAUGGGUUGCUAUAUUUUAAUACAAGAACAUUUGUUCGUUUUUUUGUACAAUAAUGUGAAGAAUAUCAAGAAUUGUUGGGCCACUUGUCAAGUUGCACUGCUGCAAUGAUGGGAGCACUCCUUUUUUAUAAGUCUAUUGUUGUCCUGUUCAAACGAACCACUACAUGAAAUAAAAUCUUCUACCCUUCAGUGUUAAAUCCA